AUGGGAAAAUCACAAGCAGAAGACUACCUAUCCAAAGCAGAAAAGAAAUCGUCUUCUUCAGUGGGAUGGUUUGGAAGCUCAAGUUCAAAAUGGGAAGAGGCUGGUGAUCUCUUCGCUCAAGCUGCCAAUGCAUUUAAAGUAGAGAAGAAAUGGAGAGAAUCAGGUCAAGCUUUCGAAAGAGAAGCAGCAUGUCGACAACAAGCAAAUGAGGCUAAUGACGCUAUGAACGCUUUCCAUAACGCUGCAAAGAGUUAUAAGAAGUCUGAUCCAGAACUCGCCGUUACCGCCCUUCAUAACUGUAUUAAACUCCUGGUGCAAUCAGGUCAUUUCAGACAAGCAGCGGAUAGGGAGAAAGAGAUUGCCGGAAUAUACGCUCAAGAUGGAUUAGAUAUUGCUAAAGCGAGAGAUAGCUUUGUCAGAGCAGGAGAUUGGUACAAGCAAGAAGAUGCUAAUGCCACCGCAAAUCAAUGUUAUCAACAAGCAGCUGAACUUUCAGCCGAUUUACAAGAUUAUCAAAGAUCAAUGGAAUUAUAUCAAACUGUAGCAGAUUGGUCUCUGACAAGUGCUUUGACGAAAUACUCUGUCAAAGAAUAUUGGCUUCGUGCGGCUUUAUGUUCAAUGGCUAUGGGUGACCUCGUAACGACUGGAAGAUUGCUUGAGACUUUUUCAACAAAAGACGUCACUUUCCCUUCCACGAGAGAAGCUAAAUUCGCUCAUGAGUUGAUGGAAGCUUGUGAACAAGCAGACGUUGAAAGAUAUACAGCGGCUGUCUAUCAAUAUGAUCAGGUAACAAAAUUGGAUAACUGGAAAACUGGCGUUUUAUUGAGAAUCAAGAAAGCUUUAGAAGAAGAUGAAGGUGGAUUGACAUAA